UUUUAAUGCCAGCACAGCCACUUAAUCCUCCGCCUUAUCAGUCAAUGUUGGUUCCUCAUCCCACAGUGCAUAGUCAAAUGCCAAAUUCUCAGGGUCAAUAUCAUUCACUUCCUAAUCCAACACCCCAGCAGUAUUUACAGCCAUCGGCAGGAAUGGUGAGCCCUUACGGUUAUGGGAGUAUUCCCGCCUUGCCGUCUGUACCACCUCCUCCAGCACCUCCAUCGUAUAUGACUACAAUGGUGCCUUUAACACAGCAACAAUUGUCAAUGGUGCAGCAGCAGCAGUCUUUAGCACAACAGCAACAAGUACCAUUACCUCAGCAAGCUCUACCUCCUAAUUUCCGUCCUUUGCAACCUCCUGGGAUGGUGUACUAUGCUCAACCGCAUCAUUCACAAUGAGGAACUCUUCGUUUGACUGUCAAAAUUCGUAUAAGAAACAACAAAUUUCGGGACAUGAAGUGUUAUAUGCUAGAGAAGAGCGGCUGAUAGUGCAGGUAAUAGAUUAUCAUUAGUGCUUAAUUUUCCAUCUUCAAGUCUGUUUAGAAAUCUGUGAUGUCUUUAUCCGGUGUUGUCAUAGUUGUUCCUUGGCA